CUCUCUCUCUCUCUCUCUAAACCCCAACACUGAAGCUCAGUCUUUCUUUGUUACUCCUAGCCUCUCUCUCUCCCUCUCUCCCUCUCUCUCUCUCUCUCUCUAAAGUCUUUCGUGGUUUUGGAUUGUGGAGGAGAUCCAUGGCGGAGCAUACAGGCGAGAAGGAAUCGUUGAUAGAGAAGAUCACAGAGAAGAUCCACGGCCGUGACUCCUCAUCGUCUUCAGAUUCGGACGACGAAAAGCCAUCGAAGGUCGACUCCGUCCAAUCCAAGAUUUUUAGGCUCUUUGGUAGAGAAAGACCCGUCCACAAGGUCUUGGGCGGUGGCAAACCUGCUGAUGUUUUCCUAUGGAGGAACAAAAAAAUUUCUGGAGGUGUCCUCGGUGGUGCCACUUUAUUGUGGAUCCUCUUUGAGUUGCUUGAAUAUCAUUUUAUUACUCUGAUCUGCCAUGUCUUGAUACUGUCGCUGGCUCUUCUUUUCCUAUGGUCCAAUGCCUCCACCUUUAUCAACAAGUCUCCGCCACACAUCCCAGAAGUUCAGCUUCCAGAGAAAUGCGUCCUUGAGGUUGCUUCUGCUCUGAGAAUCGAAUUCAACCAGGCAUUGGCUGUUUUGCGUGAUAUUGCUUCUGGAAGGGAUUUGAAGAAGUUUCUUGGUGUUAUCGCUGGUUUGUGGGUUCUGUCAGUUGUUGGUAACUGGUGCAAUUUCCUGACCUUAUUCUACAUAGGCUUUGUGUUGCUGCACACGGUGCCAGUGUUUUAUGAGAAAUAUGAAGACCAUGUUGAUAAAUUUGCUGAGAAGGCAACAAUUGAGAUCAAGAAGCAGUAUGCAGUUUUUGAUGCGAAGGUUUUGAGUAAAAUCCCCAAAGGUCCAUUGAAAGAAAAAAAGAAGGAUUAGAGUUAGCAUGAUAGCCUUUAUUUAGGUCCAUGUCAUUGGCAUUGGGUAAUUAUGGUUUUAGUCAAAAGGUUGUGUUGGCCUAUUUCCCUUUUCCCUUCUUGACGCUUCGGAAUUGUUUGGGUGCACACAGUUUAAUAUAUAUGGUAUUUUUAUUAAACUUUACUAA